AUGCUGCUCCCUUUCAUUGCAGCGGCCGCAGUCGGCACCACCGGGAGCAUAUUACUGCACCAGCACUCAUUCUUCAAGAUAACUUUCAUGAACGAGUGUUCGACCAACAUCGACUUGUACACUCACCUCACCAACAUCUUCAACAUCCCCACGAACGAAAUUGACAGAAUCAUCUCGGGUGGUUCGGUCGUCAAAACCAUUAGAAGGGGCUACGAAGGUUACUUCCGUAACGGUUCGGACGACGCUGCCACGCUCAUUGGGAUUUCUACUACUAACGUCUUUCGCGAGGUUUCGUAUAACCUUAACAUCAUCCCGCCGAAUCUGAAUCCCGGCUUUGAGUCUUGCAAGACCCUUGACGAGUGCAAGCAACACUCCAAGAGCGGCAUUGGUUUCAACACUCCCAUCCGGAUCACACCCAUUUCCAACACGAACGGCAAAAACUGCCGUGAACUCACGUGUCUGGCUGACGGCUGCGAGGACGCGUACACUUUCCCAAAGGACGACAUCAAGAAACACUCGUGUCGGUUCAACACGAACUACAAAGUGACUUUCUGCCCAUCACGUGAUACGGCGCCACAAGAAACGACAACUGCAGGCUUAUCGUUGACCGGUAAGGAGACCACUCAGGUAUCUGAGACGACGACUGCAGGCUCAUCGUUGACCGGUCAAUUGGACGGUGUGGUACCUGAGGUGACCAAGAAGGUUGACACCCCUGUACCCACGGCUGACACCAAUGCACUUAAAGCUGACACCCCUGUACCCACAGUGAAUGGAACUGAGGCCCCUGCACUGGAAGUGACCCCUCAGCCCAAGCACUGCGUCUAA